AGCAUAGAUUCACAAUUUCACGUAGCAAUAUGGCACCAAUUAACACUCACAGAAUUCCUCUUCUAUCUCCAUACAAGAUGGGCAACUUCAAUCUCUCCCACAGGGUUGUUCUCGCACCAAUGACAAGAAAUAGAUCGUAUGAUAACAUGCCACAUUCCAACACUACUUUGUAUUAUUCUCAAAGAACAACUCAAGGUGGUCUUCUUAUCACCGAAGCAGUUGGGGUCUCAGACACCGCACAAGGGUAUAUUGACACACCUGGAAUCUGGACCAAGGAUCAAGUGGAAGCAUGGAAACCAGUCGUGAAAGCGGUUCACGACAAGGGUGGCAUCAUUUUCUGCCAAAUUUGGCAUGUAGGUCGUGUCUCAAACUAUGGAUACCAACCUAAUGGUGAAGCUCCGAUAUCUUCAACAGACAAAGAGUUAUCUCCGGGCCUAGCUGGUGGAGAUUGGUCUCCACCUCGUAGACUAAGAAUUGAAGAAAUUCCAGCUAUAGUUAACGACUUUAGGCUAGCUGCCCGCAAUGCCAUUGACGCAGGAUUUGAUGGAGUAGAAAUCCAUGGAGCAAAUGGAUACAUAAUUGAGCAAUUUAUGAAAGACCAAGCAAACGAUAGAACAGAUAUAUACGGUGGAUCCCUAGAAAACCGGUGUCGGUUUGCUUUGGAAAUAGUAGAAGCAGUUGCAAACGAGAUUGGAAGUGACAGAGUUGGUAUAAGAUUGUCUCCAUUCGCGUAUUUUAUGGAGUGUGGUGACUCUAACCCGGAAGCCUUGGGUGUUUACAUGGCCAAUGCACUAAACAAGUAUAAUAUCCUUUAUCUCCAUAUCAUUGAACCUAGAUUGGACAUAACUGGGGAAAAGUCCGAAACUACGCAUAGUUCUCUUGCAGUGAAGAAAGCUUUCAAGGGUACGUUUAUUAGCUCGGGUGGUUAUCAGAAAGAUGAUGGAAACGACGCCAUAGCCGAAGGCAAUGUAGAUUUGGUUGCGUAUGGGCGACUUUUCUUGGCUAACCCAGAUUUGCCUAGACGGUUCGAGCUUGAUACAACUCUUAACAAGUACAACAGAGAUACUUUUUAUACUCAGGAUCCGAUUGUGGGAUACACUGAUUAUCCAUUUCUUGAGGCAUGAUGUCAAAUUUAGAUAUACAAAGCCUAUUGUACGCAUGACUAAAGGAACAUCAUCAAGUCAAGAUCUUGUUAUUACAUUAAUAAAAGAUGAUCUAGUUUUAUCCUAUUGUAUGAAAAUCUAUUAAAUAUAUACAUAUAUACAUUUUUCCCCGAUGUAUUCCAAGGAUUUAGUGGUGAAUGUGUAUCGUCUUGAAUAAACUGCUCAAAACAUAA